UGAAACAAAUAAAAUAAUUAUUGUGAAUACCCUUUUUCUUACAAAGAUAAGAACAAGAAAAACUAUCGAAGCCGAAUAUAUGUGAAUUCUUAUUAUUUGAGUAAUCGUUUUGUUUGAUUAAAGCUUGAACUUCUCUAAGCGAAAAUUUAAGUAUUUAGUCCUUAAAAAUAACAAUAUUGAAAAUUUGUGUUUCCAUCACUUUUGUUAAAGUAAUUUAUGAGUUGAGUGUUAAACAUUUUCUGGGAAGAUAGGUUACACGUUUUAUUUAAAUUGUGUGAUAAGAAGUCAAAAUGAAGAAAGUUGCUCGCUUGCGUGUUGCUCAGCAAGAUGAUACCGCCAGUGCAGGGGGUUCUGAUCAUGUAGGCGUGCGCACCACAGGUCGUAUAAAGAAACCCAAAGCUGUUUUUGAUCCUUCUGACAAUUACUUGCCACGUUCACAACGCGCUAACAUAAUAUCAACUCACCCAGUCGGCACGGGACCACCAGUAGUUGCUACAUCAGUUCUUAUAGAUCGUAAACGGGACACUUUAACAUCGUCAACUUUAGUACAUGGACAAGAUACACAACAGAACAAACGUCUUUCCCAAUCCUCUGCUACUUCGGCCGCCUCAUCCGCAUCUACACCUGAAACCGUAAACGCUGAUGUAUGUGAUGUUUGCCAAAAGAGAGAAGCAAAACGCGGCACUCAUGCCAGAAACAAAUUAAUUACGUGCUUGGAAUGCGAGCGACGUGUGCACAAGUUAUGUCUACCAGUGGAUUUUGAAGAUAUUGAUGUUUUACGACAGCAUUUCAAGUGCUCAAAUUGCCGUACAUGCGACGUAUGUGAUUCGUUUGAAGAUGGUGAGCCCAAAACUGAUCAACCUUUGAUAACAUGUUCCAAAUGUGUUAAAUCAUAUCAUCUUACCUGUCACAUCCCGAAUGUGUAUAAAUAUCAACAGAUUUUUCGAUGGAAAUGCAGUAAAUGCCAACCGUGUGUGAAUAAUGGUGUUUCUUCUUUACCAGUGAAAACAAUAAGAGAAAUAAUUGGCGAUGAUCCACAACGUGCAAAUCGUUCUCAACAAAUUAUUCAACCAAAUGUCAACAUUGCUGCCGCCGCAGCUGAGGCAAAAAAUGCUGCUGCUAAAUUGUCAACUCAGGAAGUACAAUGCAACAGUGAAAAUGAGCAAAAACAGGGAAAUGAAGGAAAAGAAACUGAUGGCAGUAGUCUAGAUAGCGGUGGUAGUAGCACUACUAGUAGCAGUAGCACAACUAGUAGCAUCACCAUCAGUGCAAAUGCUGAAAAAAAAGUUGAUGAUGAUAUAGCGGCAAAAAGACCAAAAUCUGCUCAUGAGGAAACUUUAAAUAAUACACCAAUUAUACGUUAUAGUCCUUAUGAGCCGAUUGAUGUGCCCGAUGUAAAAGACUGGAAUGCAGAUCAAGUCGCUAAAUAUUUCUCCAAAUAUUUUCCAAACGAAGCGCACGUAUUUAAGGAACAUGAAAUCGAUGGAACUUCAUUAUUAUUACUUAAGCGAAGCGAUGUUAUUAAAAAACUUCCCAUUAAAUUGGGACCAUCAUUGCGCAUAUACAGUUUAAUACUGAAAAUUCAAACACAAUUAAAUGAUCCGACUCUAGGUUGGAAUUGCGGACUCUAAGGUUAGCUACCUAUUUAAUAUUCAGCUAUUUUUCUUUAUAAUGUUAUUAACUAUUGCAUAUUUUUUUGAUUCAAAUUACCAUAAUACUUGGAUUCAGUUUAACUCUAAAUGUAAAGAUUUCAUUUGAGCUUUUUCGUUACAUUUAUAGUUUUACUUUGCUUCUUAGUUUAAUAUUUGGUUACCUAUAUGGUAUACAAUAUAUUGCAUUAAUGAAACGCAUAGCGUAAAGCGAUUUUAUUUACUUGUAUGUACGGUUAACAUAAAUAGUAAAUAUGUAAGUUCGCAUCGGAUAUAUUGACCAUGUGCAGUAUAUUCCAGUUGCGUGAAGUGAAGUUGUAAUUAUUUUCAAUGCAAAAUAUAUGUGAAUAAACAAUACCUAUAAAAGUAAA